AUGGGCUGCACACCCUCUCACAGUGAGAUUGCUAAUACUAUUGCAAGAAGCGGUCUUAAGGCUUUGAAUAAACCCAAAAGUAGUUUGUGUAUUGAUCCAGGAGAUAAAGGAAUCCCACUGCUUGUUAAAGGUUCAUCUUGCUACAAUAUUGAUGAAUUCCGUCAAUAUGAGAUCCAGAGGAAAGACUACCCAGGAGAAAAAGUGGAUAAGCUAUCCGAGCAGGAUGAAAAUGAUAAUUUGCAGUUAUCUUCCAAGGCUCAUUCGGAUCUCCAAGUUUCCAGGGAAGACAAGAAAAUUGAGAGGACAGCUACAGAUGCUGACGUUGUUAUGUCCAAACUGAUUGAGUCUCAGAGACAUAUUACUGAGACCAUACAGAUCAGAAAGCAAAGCUCCUGCGAAUCAGAAGCGUCAGCUUGCAUUUGGUCUGACAAGCAUGAAGGCCAUACAAAGCAAAUCCCAAAGAAAGGAAAGAAGCAAAAAAACCAAAAGCUGGCAAAGCAAGGUCGAUCCAGCAAGAUUAAAGAAAAGUCCAUUUUGCCCCCUUGCGAGACAGAGAAAAAGGUAGAUUUUCCAGAACUGCUUGUUAAGGCUCAUCAGAGUGCAUAUGCCUACUUAAAUCCCAACCUCUCGAAGUAUGAAACUAUACUUCUUAUGGCCAACCAGGCUACCCAGACCCAACUCUUCCUACAGCAGAUGGUAAGCUUUCUCGUGCUUCGCUUCGAUGCAAUCAACCAGCUCUUGGAAGAAAUUGCCAACGAUGGGGAAAGUCUUCUCAAAGACAUCGGUGGGAAUCUGGCAUGGCCAGCAGAAAAAGGUGAUUUGAAGGAGCACCCUGACCUUCUGCAACAGCUACUGCAGUACACGGUCAAUAAAAUGCAGUUAGUGAGUGGGACGCUGGCCACCCUCACCUCUGACGCCCUACAAGAGACGUGCAGCUACCUGCACUCCGCUGCAAGCAACCUGGAAGGAAAACUGAAAGCAAAGCAAAGCUUUGAUGAGCGCCUGCUACGGAUGGUAUGGCUGCUUGAAGCUUCAGCAGUGGGAUCCUCUCAGUCCCACGGUGAUGACAGGGCUCUCUAUUCUGAGGACAGCGGCAUUGGUGUGGACAACGAAUCCCUCAAAGAGUUCAGUGCUCUCAGCCAGCAUGGAGGACAAGCAAGCUGUGAUUCCUGUCCGCACAGAAAUCUGUCCCAAAAGCACCCCAGAACAGUGGAGCACGUGCGUGGGACAGUGUCACCGGGCACAGCCGCAUCCCACGACUGUGCACUUGAAAGGCAUCUUAAAGAUGUGUUUUAUUCAUCCGUGCAGAGUAGAGAAGCAACUUCUUGUCAGGGCGGAGUAUCAGAAGGCAUUCCUACCAUGCCCCAGUACACAAGCUUGAGCAAAAGCCGUUACUGUAACUCCUUCCAGUCUGCCUCUACUCAGGAAAGUGAACGUUUCAAAAUCUGUGAAUCAACAGAUUUUCCUGAUGAUGAUGAUGAUGAUGAUGAUGACGACGACGACGACGAAGGGAGCACCCUGGGGGAGGAUGACGACAACACAAGUUUAUCAGAUAUGGGUAAGGAUGCCCUGCCAAGGAGGCCCCUGUCUUCGCCCGCGGUCACUGAUAACACACAAAGGCAGUCCAUCAAGAGGACGGAGAAUGCAGAAACAGAGGAAAUUAUUCUGAAGAUGAAAGAUGCCAUCAGUGAAAAAAUCAAGUUUGUCCCAGCCAAAUCCGGGCGUAAAGAAUGGAUAGAGGAUGAGAGCGGAAGAGCAGUCCUAACAACAAGGCCCAGUACGGCGACGGGCAGCCAGAAAACCUUCGGGAAACAACGACGGUCCAGGUCAGAGGAGUCCCUCAGAAGCCAGGCAGAGGACCCAACCCUCCUAGAGCUUCAGAGAACUCAAAAAGAGCUCAGCAAAAGGCUGGAAAUGUUUUAUGGGAGGAAGGAUACAGAUAACAACCUGGAGCCUCGGAAGUCAAGAAUAGCACCUUAUUUACAGGAUGAGCAAGUUACAGCUAGGUCCUCCAGCAAACUGAAGGCGUGCCUCUCCAAAAACUUCAGCAUCCUGCCUAACCAGGAUAAAGUCCCUUUGUUCAUGGUUGAUCAAAAUCCUGCUGCCCAUCAGCUGGAUGAAAAAAGGGGCAGGAAGCCUUUAAGAACCGCUGUGCCCGCCCAGGAGACAUCAGGAGGCAAUGAAAAGGAGCCUCCUGGAACACAACUGCUCAGCGGCAGCAGCUGUGCCCCCCGACAGUCCGUCAAAAAGCUUAUUGAAACGUUCAGUCCUGCUGAUGAUCUUGUAAAAGCUGCACCCUUAAGAUCUUUAGGACCAAUAAAGUGCGUCAGAAAAUUUGGACUUCCAGUCAUUCCACCCACCAUUCCCUUUCAGAAAGGCCUGGCACCUUUAAAUCUUAAGCAUCGUAUCUCACCAGCAGAAGACACAAACCCUUCAAACACCAAUGGAGUUUCUUCUAGCUUGCCAAAUGCCUUUACCCCUGUACCAGCUGCAGAAUUAAGCAAGAAGGACGUGAAGGAAGACACUGAUGAAGACAUUGAGAACCUGCCACCACCACCACCAGAAAUGUUAAUGGACACUGCUUUUGACUUGUCUGAGCCUGAAGAAACUGCAAGAAUAGAAAGAAGCACUUCAGAAGAUGCCAAAAAGCCCACCAGAACAGAACCCCAUGCUACUAAGAGAGCACAAGUUUCCCCAAAAAUGAAAGCCUCCCUUCAGUCCAUUGACUUAUUGCCAAGUAAAAACAUCAGUGGCCCCAGUGUGAUCCCUAAUAAAGGUCUAUGGAGUACCGAAGCAAGGGACGAGAAGCUGCAGAGGUACCCUCUGGAGCUGAACCCUACCAACGUGCACAUCCCCAGCCAGGAGGAGAUACUGGCAAGCCAGAGAAAAGAAGCUGCGGAUUUGUACAAGCAAACCCAUAAAAUUAUCCCUCUUCAAAACCCCAGCGGGGUUUCAAAACCACACAGCAACAGCUCAGAGAGCAAAGAGCCCAGUCCACCAUCGCCUUCGGUGCAAUACCAGAAGCACGGUUCUCCCGAUGUGCUCAGGAGGAGUGAAAAAGCAUCAGCAUUUGUCAGAAGAGUCUCCCCCACCAGAACUCCUUCUCCACCGACAGAGAAACGGCUUUUCAGCCCCCCAGCACAACACAGACACUCUCUGCAGGCUUUUAGCAACCCGCAUCCAAGCUCACCCACUAUGCAGAGAAAACCCAGUCCCCCCACAAGCCCCAGGGUGCCCAGCCCGCCCUUGCAGAAGAAGCUACCUUCUCCACCAUCCCAUCGAAAACCGCCCAGCCCUCCCACGGGGCACAAGCAAAGCUCACCACCGCCGUACCGCCUGCUGGGCUCCCCAGCCUACCGCCGAGAUGCAAGCCCCCCUCCGUUCCCCACCGCUCCCUCCCCACCAACCUCUCCAUCCCGCUCCUACAAAGGGCCGAGAGCUGGGCUGGAUGCUGGAGAUGAGCACCAACUCUCCUCCAAGAAGGGCAGCAACAUCCGUUCCAUAUUCUGCCCGGCCACCUCUUCCCUGUUCGAAGCCAGACCUCCGCUGGUACCCACCAAACCCCCUGCGGAGGUGACCAGCCAGCCCGGAGCUUCUCCCCCUCCCCAGAAGAGCAACCUUCUUCUCCGGCAGCCCAGAGACCAGACCAGAAGGCUGUCCCUGAGCGCCACCAGUCCUCAGCCCUUCGUGAAGAGAAGUUUCUCUGACCGACGACCAGGCGUCCAGUUUCGGCUUCCAGCUCCCGUGACAGCCGGCAGCGAACCCGCGCUUAACCAAGCAAGCUUGGAGGAGAGCCCUAGAAAAACAGGCGACUCUUGGAACAGCCCAGGCGUCCCCGAAAUCAAGGAGUCCAACAGAUCCGCUUCCCACCCGGAGCUCUACAUCGUGGGCCAGGGGCUGCAGAGGGACUGA